AAAUAAAUAAAGAAAUAGAGAAAGAAAGAAGCGAGUUUAAGAUCUCUUUUUGAGAAGAAGUAAUAAAGGCGAGUGAAGCCAAUUAGAGUAAUCCCCCUUGUCUCGUCAAUCAUGGCGCAUCAGUGGAGUUAUGGACAAAAUCCUCCGUUGGAUUUAUACAGUAAUCCAAACAUGGCUCACCAGCAGUACAUUCAGAUGCCUGGUCAAGUCCCACAAAUGCCACAGUAUACUCAGUUCCAACCAAUGCCAGGCCAGUCACCAUAUGGCCAGCCACCCUAUGGAUAUGCGGUCCCGCAAGGGUUUCCUCCUACUCAACCCACGGUACCUCCAGGCAUUGACCCCGAAGUAUAUAACUGGUUCAUAAGUGUUGAUGCUGACCAUUCUGGGAAAAUUUCAGCCAAAGAAUUACAACAGGCCUUAAUUUAUGGCAACUGGAAGCAUUCAAAUGAUAAAUCAGCUCAUUUAAUGAUAUCAAUGUUUUCUAAAGACCACAGUGACACGAUUGACUUGAUCCAGUUCCAACAUCUCUGGAAAUUUCUCCAAGAUAUGCAGGUUGUUUUUAACAGAUUCGAUCCAACUCGUUCUGGAAAAAUUGGUAUGGGAGAAUUACAAACUGCUUACCAACAAAUUGGUUUUAACAUAUCUCCAAGAACUAUCGGCAUUAUUAUGAUGAAGUUUGCUGAUCGUCAACCUGCUCUGGACAUCGCAAGCUUUAUCCACUCUUGUCUUCUGCUACACCUGCUGACAAAUUCUUUCAAACAACGCUGCCAAUCUUCACCUGAAACUGCGUCUAUGCAUUACGAUGACUACAUGCUGCUGGUGGCAACCUACAUGUUCUAAUUAUUUUGAUUUUUGAUUUCAAAAAUUCUCUUUGGUGGUUUAUGUCAUAUAUAAUAGAACUGUACCAAGUGCUGUAUCUUUAAAUUAAUUAGUCUUUUGGAGUGGAUUAAAACUGCGCCUAUUUUCAAGAAUCUCUUUUUAUUUUUCUAUCAGAUUCUACCAAUCAAAACGGUUCCUAGUUUCUCUAAGUGUACCAUCAGUCUUUUCUGAUUUUUAGACCAAAAAAUGGAUUCCAUAAACACUCAUUUCAUAAGAUCUGCUCAUUUUUGGAGUUAACAGUCAGUUUUUAAAAAAAUAAACGAAUUUAUUUUGGAUUCAUUUCCCCCCCAAAUAUUUGAAUGAAGAAAUCAGUUUUAUCAUUGAAGUAUAUUUUUUAUUUAAUUUCAUCCAUUAUUCAAUUUCAACUCUGUGUAAGAACACAUCUAAAUUUUCUGCUGCUGAUUAUAAUUUUUUAUUUUAUUUUUGUUUUUUCACUUGAUUUGCAAUCCAAGAAAUUAGACUUGUUGUCUAAAUAACGUUCUAAGAUUUAUAAACUAACCCCAUCUUUUUUUUAUAGACUCCUUAUUUUCUUAAGAAAUGAAAUUGAAUAAGACUCAUU